AUGGAUCCCUUUAUUGUCCUGGUGAUUUGCCUUUUUUGUUUGAUUCUGCUUUCCUUAUGGAAUCAGAGAUAUGCCAAAGGGAAGCUCCCACCAGGCCCCACUCCUCUGCCAAUUGUUGGAAAUAUUCUACAGUUAAACAUUAAGAACAUCAGCAAAUCGAUAAGCAUGCUAGCAAAAGAUUAUGGUCCUGUGUUCACUGUGCAUUUUGGUAUGAAGCCCACUGUGGUAUUACAUGGAUAUGAAGCAGUAAAGGAAGCCCUGAUUGAUAGAGCAGAGGAGUUUUCUGGCAGAGGAAUUCUCCCAGUGUUUGACAAAAUCUGCCAGAACCUUGGAGUUGUUGCCAGCAAUGGAGAAACAUGGAAGCAAACUCGACGUUUCUCCCUCAUGAUUCUGCGGAAUAUGGGGAUGGGAAAGAAGACUAUUGAAGACCGAAUUCAAGAGGAGGCCUUGUAUCUGGUGGAAGCAUUAAAAAAAACCAACGGAUCUCCCUGUGAUGCUACUAACCUCUUGGGCUAUGUUCCCUGCAAUGUGAUCUGCUCCAUCAUUUUCCAGAAUCGUUUUGACUACAGUGAUGAAAAAUUAGUAACCUUGAUAAACUAUUUUCAUGAAAACGUCAGAAUUGUAAGCAGCCCCUGGAUACAGCUCUACGAUGCUUUCCCUUUUUUCAUACAUUAUCUCCCAGGAAGUCAUAAAAAAUUAUUUAAAAAUAUUGAUUACCAUAAAAAGUUUAUUUUAGAGAAAAUAAAGGAACACCAAAAAUCCCUGGAUCUCAAUAACCCUCGGGACUUUAUUGACUACUUCCUGAUUAAAAUGGAACAGGAAAAACACAAUAAACAGUCUGAAUUCACCGUGGAAAACUUAGUCAUUACAGUAUUGGAUAUGUUUAGUGCGGGAACGGCAACAAUGAGCACCACACUGAGAUAUGGACUCCUGCUCUUGUUGAAGCAUCCUGAGAUCGCAGCUAAAGUCCAGGAAGAGAUUUACUGUGUGGUUGGCAGAAACCGGAGCUGCUGCAUGAAGGACAGGCGCAGCAUGCCCUACACGGAAGCUGUUAUACAUGAGAUACAGAGAUACAUUGACCUUCUCCCCACCAGCCUGCCUCAUGCGGUGACCCAGGACAUUCAAUUCAGAGAAUACUUUAUUCCCAAGGGCACAUCCAUACUGGUAUCUCUGACUUCUGUUCUGCACGACUCCAAAGAAUUUCCUAACCCACAACAGUUUGAUCCUGGCCACUUCCUGGAUGAAAGUGGCAACUUUAAGAAGAGUUACUACUUCAUGCCUUUUUCAGCAGGAAAAAGAGUUUGUGCUGGAGAGGGCCUGGCCCACAUGGAGCUGUUUUUAAUCCUGACCACCAUUUUACAGCAUUUUACCUUGAAACCUCUGGUUGAUCCGAAGGACAUUGACAUCACCCCAGCUGUCAGAGGCAUAGGCACUGUACCACCCUUCUACAAGCUCCGUUUCAUUCCAGUCUGA